UAACUUUAUAUAGAAUAACAUUCUUCCUUUUCUUUGGUCAGACAAUAGUUAUUUUGGCUCUAGAGUAGAGGGCCCCCACCCCCGCUUUCCCAGAUUUACGCACGAUCAAUGGAGUGACACCCCGAUGGGUCAAAUGCGUAAGCGGUAGCAGUAACCAAUGAAAUGCAGGCAUUUCGAAAUGACGUUAUAUAGGCGUGGUGACGGGAGUUUUUUAGCAUGAUGCAACUUCCUUACCGGCGUUUUAUCGUUGUACCGACGUGAGGUGAAGACAUCCUCGGCUUAUUUAUUUAUUUGUUGUAGAGUUGUAUUUGUCGUGAUAAUGCUGUGCCUGUGUCUGUACGUGCCCGUCCCCAAUGCCGAUCCCGUGGAGGUUGAGUAUUUCGAGUCAGAUGGAUUACCUUCGGAGCUCAAAUCUCUCUUCAAGCUGAGUGUCCUCCUGCCGUCGCAGGAGUUUUCAACCUACCGGAGGUGGAGGAAGAAAAUUACAAAGACAGAAGAAAACGAUGUGAAUGGACAGCUGGACUUUGAAGAAUUUGUUCACUACUUGCAGGAUCAUGAAAAAGACCUUAAGCUUGUCUUCAAAACCUUGGACAAGAGGAAUGCUGGUAAAGUGAAUGCAAAUGAGAUUGUGGAGUCACUGCGAGAGCUUGGUGUUCACAUAUCCAUUCGCCAAGCCGAAAAUGUUCUUAAAAGCAUGGACAAAAAUGGAACAAUGACCAUUGACUGGAAUGAAUGGAAGAACUACUCCUCACUGCAACCUGCAGAGAGCAUUCCAGAAAUAAUCCUCUAUUGGAAGCACUCCACAAUUUUUGACGUGGGUGAGAACAUGAUGGUUCCAGAUGAGUUUACCCCCGAGGAACACUUGACUGGCAUGUGGUGGAGGCACCUGGUGGCAGGAGGUGGUGCUGGAGCCGUGUCCAGAACCUGGACCGCUCCACUGGACCGCCUCAAAGUCCUAAUGCAGGUGCACGGUUCUCGUAGCAACAACAUGUGUAUCAUGAGUGGGCUCACCCAGAUGAUCAAAGAGGGAGGAGUACGCUCUUUGUGGCGAGGUAACGGGAUUAACGUCAUCAAGAUCGCUCCUGAGUCUGCACUGAAGUUCAUGGCUUAUGAGCAGAUCAAGCGUCUGAUCGGCAGUAACAAUGAAACGCUGGGCAUCAUGGAGCGCUUUGUGGCCGGAUCUCUAGCAGGAGUCAUUGCCCAGAGUGCCAUCUACCCCAUGGAGGUUCUGAAAACCCGCCUGGCUUUGAGGAGGAGCGGGCAACAUGCGGGCAUCUCGGACUGCGCCAAGCAGAUCUUAAGGAAAGAGGGCUUGACGGCAUUCUACAAAGGCUACGUGCCCAACAUGCUGGGCAUUGUCCCUUAUGCUGGCAUCGAUCUGGCAGUUUAUGAGACAUUAAAGAACACAUGGUUGCAGCAGUAUGGCAAAGACGGCACCAAUCCUGGCGUUCUUGUUCUUCUGGCCUGUGGCACGAUCUCCAGCACGUGUGGCCAGCUUGCAAGCUACCCUCUAGCUUUAGUACGGACACGCAUGCAGGCACAAGCUACAGUGACGGGCACUCCUCAGGUCACCAUGUCUGGGCUUUUCAAGCAGAUUAUGAAGACAGAAGGACCAACAGGUCUCUACAGGGGCUUGACCCCUAACUUCAUGAAGGUCAUCCCUGCGGUUAGCAUUAGUUAUGUGGUGUACGAAAACAUUAAAUCCACACUGGGAGUGAAGUCGAGGUAAGCUUGAAGAACAAUGGCUUUUGUAAGGAGAAGUGGAUUCUGUAAACUGGAAGCAACUUGGUGGACAGAAAUCUCAGGACCAUGAACCUGAGGUGUAUGAAGAAGCCAUCUCAUUCUGUGAAUGCAAGAAGGAUUGAAGCUGUGUUUUGGGGAAAGAAGACUCCCAAGGUGUAUAAAAUAAACUGGAGAGAGUGUAAUAUUUAUUUAGGAGGAGGUGACCACUUAACUGCUUAUUGUUCAGAUCUGAAAGCAUGGACCAAAUUGUGCCUUCCUGUUCUGUGAGCAAGGCUAUAACUGGGUUACUGGACCGAGUGCUUUUCGUUUGUAGCGUGCCACUUGAGGUGAAAUUUUGUAUUUCUGUUAUGCUCACCUGUAUACUCAAUUGGGAUCUAUACAUUAUAUCUAUAUGCCACUUCUUACAGAUUGAUACUUUUUUAUUCAUGAAAAAUACUCAGAUCUGCUGUCUUUAUACAUAAUGAGAACAGGAAUGAAAAAGAACACUAAAACCAACAUGUGCAGUAGUAAUGGUUCUUCUUUUUAAAGACCUAUAUGUAAAUUAUUAAUACCAGACUGAGAACAUGCUUCUAUUGCUAUUAAUAAUGCUGCUAUAUGAUGACUAAAUAAUGUAUUUAUGUAUAUAAGACAGAUAUUUAUUUUGAAUGAUGGCAUUGACUAGGAUUAUUCUUCUAAACCAUAGAUAUGGAUUAAAGUUAAGUGUAUUUGUUUUGGAAGUUCUAAGUAACUAGUUGAAAUGUCUGAAUGUAAUUGUCUACUUCAUCAGAAAAUUGAUGCACUUUAAUUGUUCAGUCACUUGAAUAUGCUUUAUGUGUGAGACAAUUUGGUAUCAGGGUUUUUAUAUGUUGCUUUGGGACCACCUUUUUUGUUCAGUUAUGCUCAUUUGUAUGAAUAAUGGGGUUCUACACAUGACAGUUGACCAGUAAUAAGAGCAGCAGCAAAUGAGUUUGGAAGCCCAACAAAUAUUUGGUGGUUUUCUUGUUGCUAGUUAAUUUACAAAUCUCACUCCUUGACUGUAGACUUUAGUAGAAUGUUCGCAAAAAAUCAGCUUGAGCUUUAAUGAGGUAGCAUUUACCUGAGGCAUUGUGACUGCUGCACCCUGGGGUUUUUAUUGUUAAUGUGAACUGUUUCUGUCUAGUGUGAACUUCCUCAGAAAUCUAUGCUGACACACAAGGCCUGUAAGUUAAGUUUUGUAAACACAAGGUGUCUUGGAGGGGUUUUUUUUGUGUGCGUGUUACCUCAUGGGGUUUUGUGGGGGUGUGGACCCCCCCCCCCCCCCCCCCCAAUCACUUGAUGUAAAACAGUGAAUUGUGUACAGGACUUCUUUUUUUUUUUUUUGUCAGUAAUGAAACUGGGUGAACUUGUGUUGGAGAGAACUGGGUGCAAAUUUGCUCAAUUUUAAUGAGGCUGUGUUAAAUUUCAAUGCCUCUGUCAAUGAGACCAAGACAAUGCUAGUGAGUGCCUGUUGAUACUUGAACAACCAAUAAAGUGUUUCUUUCCUCUUUGUAACCUGA